AGUAAGAGCGAAUUUACUAUAUAUAGUAAUAUAAUUUAUUACUCGUUAACUAAAAAUAAGCGAGUAACGAGAAGUAUAUUAACGUUAGAGGUUUAUAAUAUAGUUAACGGCGUUAACUUUUUUUACGUAAUUUUAAUAACGCUAAGGAAGAUUAUUAAUUAA